AUGUCUUCCAACUUCCUCGACGUCAACUCGUCGUCUUCCUCCAGUUCGACACCGGCGGCGGCGGAGCAACUGUGCUACAUUCCGUGCAGCUUCUGCAACAUCAUCCUCGCGGUAUGUCGGCAAACAGCUCCUCCUGAGGCUCCAGAUGAUCCUACUGAGAAGAGAGAACUAACUCACGAGUCUGCUGAGGAAAUAGCCUCAAAAUAUCCCGGACAUUUUUUGACGUCUCUUGCUUGAAUUAUUACUUUGUUUUUCCUGUCGCUCAGUUCGUAUCUUGCGGAUCUGAGUAUCCUUAUAACAUGCCUCACAUAGCACAUAAGCGUCCUCCUUCCGGAUACUGUUCCUCGCCAGGAAUGCAAAGCAAGAAGCAAAGUUGUCACCAUUAUCCUUCUCAUUCCUUUUUCACCAUCUGUCCUAUCUUUUUCGACACCUUCAGGCAGGAUAACUGGUUUCUGCGUUCUUCUGCCUUGGUUCCUCGUUCCCUUUCGAUUUAUCUUAUCUUCUAUUUCCCUUUUCUUCAUAAAAAGAUACCUUCAUAGAAGUAGAUCCCGGCGCUUGACCGCGAGAGGAGGAGAGAAAGUUGCGGCUGGGUGAGGGCUGUUGUCACUUAGUCAGAAUGAUGCGGGCAACAUAUGUGUGUCCAUAUCGAGAGAGAGAGAGAGAGAGAGAGAGAGAGAGAGAGCAGCUGUGGAUGUGAGAUAGGAGACGUCGACAGCCAGGAUAAGAACGUCGAGGAAGAGAGAUAGAGACUGCCAGUGGAAGAUCAGUGAGUGACACCGUGGUUCAUCAAAGAACCAAAAAAGGCUCCCCGCCAGGUUCCGACUUCCGUCAAGAAAGGAUGCGAGGAAAUCAAAAUAGAAAGGUAGGACCCAAGUAAAAUGUUGGAGCAGCUGAGUAAUCCUUACCCUUUGCCUCGAAAGACUUUAGUCGCCGCUGCUACACUUCAGUUCCUCUGUAUUUCAUUUCCGUUUACAGUUUAUUUGUUCGACGUACUUCCCUAUUUCUUCUUUAUCUCUCCCAAUCAUAAUGACUUCCAGAGUUGUACUAAGCGGUCGAUGAUGGCGAAGCGAAUUGUGUGACUUCGUCAGUCUGUGCUUUCGCGCUCUUUUAUGAGGUCUUCAGUAACGGAUGUGGGUGUGUUUGAAUUUGUUGUCUCAGGUAAGCGUACCAUGCAGCAGCCUCUUCGAGAUCGUCACGGUGCGAUGCGGGCAUUGCGGGAAUCUAUGGUCCGUCAACAUGGCCGCCGCUCUGCACUCGCUAUCCGCCUCCUGGCAGCAGCAGCAGCAGCAGCAGCAGCAACAACAGCAGCUGCAGUUGCAACACCAGCUGCGAAGCCUCCCCCAACUCCAACAAUACCCCCAACAUCAUCAUCAGCAGCUGCCUCCGCCCCAUCACCACCAUCAAGGUCUCCGCCUCCAGGUUCGUCCGCGCUUCCAUACUGUGAUCAAAGCCACAUGUUCCUCACUAGAGUGACCCCGUUCCGAUAUUCUUCCCCAUUAACCCGGCGUCCUCCCGAUACCACUGCUGCCUACCACCGUCUCCUCUGCUCCGGCUGCAAACUCGUCGCACUUCACUCUCACCUGGAUGGAUGUCCGAAAGCUUUGAGGAACACAGAAAAAUAAUAAAUUCGGGCCGCGUCAUGAGAAAAACGAUGAAAGAUAUGACGUGACAGAAAUAACGUAGCCAUAGCCAAUACCGCAGUACUCAAAUCCAGUCAUUAGUCCGCUGGUCUUCCAUCUUCGUCAGUCUUAGAUAGACACCGAUAACCUCUUCCUCUCUCCCUCCAGUCCAACUCCAGGUAGUAUAGGGAUGGCAUUAGUGGCUAGGCUGCUGCAGCAGCUGUCUUCUUUAUUUCUGUAUGACCAUUCUCUUUCAACCCAAUCCCGGAGGUAUCUAUUCGCUUUUCCAUGUAUUCAUUCCACUCUGAUUACAAGCCCUCACCUCUCGAGGCUUGAAAAUGAGAGCUUCCCGAGGCGAUCUGAUUGCCUGACUGCUUUUGCGUCUUUCCGCAGCAUAGAUGGACAGAUUCUCUCUCCGUCUGCUUCUAAUGCGGCUGCAGAGACAGCUACCUAGAUCAGGCCAAAACUCAAGCCCAGGGGGGAGGGAGGGGUUAAGCAAACAAUUCUGUCUUCAUACUAUCCCGCUGCCCCCCAGAAAAGAAAAGGGCCUGUGUCUCCCUUCCGAAGCUCCUGAGAACCUUACUCUCACCUCUCUGGUCUCACCAAUAACAUCGUCAGGUCCCCCGUGGUCUGCUGAAAAGACGUGAUACUGAUACGAUUGAUUGACAGUAUCUUGAAAUGACAACCUGACCUUUACCUCGUCCCGCCGCCCUAGAUACACAUUCUCUUUCCUUGUUGACAAGCAUGCAUCUAUGAGCCUUGAACAGUUAAUCAACCCGGAAUGUACGCUUGACCUCCAUCAGAAUGCCAUCACAGUCGGUGUCUCACCCCGAUCUUCGGCCACCUGUAUUUCAUGUGUGCACCUACUCAAGCGGCGCCGCUCUAGCAUUUCAGAUUUCUGUCGGGCUUCGGCUCCUCUGGAUUCUAUUUUGUACGUGUUGCCACCAACGGCACCUUUCCCGUCCAAUCUGGGAAAGGAGCAGGCAUCUCCAAUGCCUCCUCAAAUAAACCAGUUAAACACAUAUCAGUACUCCCACCUCCAAAUUAAAAUCGAAGCAUAAGCAACCUUCUCUAUUGACAACAUGAUUAAAAUAACAACAAUAUGCAGACAGUGCUGUGGUUGCUUUCUCCACGCUGUUAGAUUCGCCAAGCUUGACAAUAACAGUCCUUCAUACUAGCUCUACGUCGAUGACAGAGAUUUGAUAACUAGACGUACGGGAAAAGGAGGGUCUCCGUAUUUUCCAGAUAUUUUGUGAGACUAAGAAGUUACUCUCCAUGCGUUUUCUUGCGCAUGCAGCCUCCGAGCGCCACGACAGCCGCAAACUACAUGCUGGACUUUGCGGCCGCCAGCUCACCCCCUGUGCCCACCAUCUGCAACAAGUUCGGGAAUGCUGGCACGAUGCGUGUUCCCAUGGUUGGUCGUGGCAACGAGGAGAGAGCGCCUAUCAAUCGCCGUGAGAUCAUCCUACUUGUUCUCUAGAAAAAUUCCACCAGUCCCGCAUUAUAAUCAUCCUCUUAGACUAAUCUUGUCGGUUGUCGCAGCCCCUGAGAAGAAGCAACGCGUUCCUUCUGUGUACAACCAGUUCAUCAAGUAAGUCAUAUUCCGUCCGGUUCCCUUUGAUUUCUUCCUAGAACGGCUUCUACUCCCUUCUAGCUUCCAUCGUUAUUUUCCCAUUUUUCCAUUCUCGCCUAUCCACUCUCAAGGUUUAGCUCACGAAACAUAUCCGAUUCUGGUUUUAACUAUUUUUUACGUUGAGUGUAGAGAAGAGAUCCAGAGGAUCAAGGCAAAUAACCCAGAAAUCACUCACCGGGAGGCAUUCAGCACUGCUGCGAAAAAUGUGAGUCGUAACAAUUAAUGACCGUAAAUUCCCGUCCCAACCUGUCUUAGCUCUCCAAAGCAUUCCUCCUCCAUAUAUUAGGCCGCAUACGAAGAGAGAUCUCAUUCCUCAAAGAAAAAUAAAAUCUUAUGUUCUGACUCUUGGUUUUAACUGCUAGUGGGCUCACUUCCCCCACAUUCAGUUCGGAUUGAUGCUGGAGAACAAUAAUCAAGGCAGGCUUCGCGAGGUACGCGUCCCAUCCAACCUUCAUCUCUUUGCUUCUUCGUCCUCAGCUUCUUCUUUUUUGGUACACUAA